CCCCCAUGUGACCCCAUUGACCCCUUUUCCCCCACAGAGGAGGAGCGGCCCCGGCCCCGGCCCGUUGUGCCCCAGCUUGCGCCCCCCAAGAUCCCUGAGGGGGAGAGGGUGGACUUCGAUGACAUCCACCGCAAGCGCAUGGAGAAGGACCUGCAGGAGCUGCAGAGCCUCAUCGAGGCGCACUUCCAGCAGCGGCGCCGCGAGGAGCUCGAGCUCGUGGCGCUCAUGGAGCGCAUCGAGCGCCGCCGGGCCGAGCGCCAUGAGCAGCAGCGGAGCCGCACGGAGAAGGAACGGGAGCGACAGGCGCGGCUGGCGGAGGAGCGGAUGCGGAAGGAGGAGGAGGAGGCCAAGAAGCGAGCCGAGGACGACGCCAAGAAGAAGAAGGUGCUGUCGGCGAUGCCCCAUUUCGGGGGGUACUUGGCCAAGGCAGAGCAGCGCCGCGGCCGCCGCCAGACGGGGCGGGAGAUGAAGCUUCGGGUCCUGGCCGAGCGGAAGCGGCCGCUCGAGAUCGAGGCUCUGCGGGAGGAGGAGCUGCGGGCCAAGGCUCAGGAGCUCCAGGCCUGGCUCCAGCAGCUCGAGUCCGAGAAGUUCGAGCUCAUGGAGCGGCUGCGGAAGCAGAAAUACGAGAUCAAUGUCCUGUACAACCGGAUCAGCCACGCCCAGAAGUUCAAGAAGGUUGUCGGGAAGGGCCGCGUGGGCGGGCGCUGGAAGUGACCCCGCCCCCUCCAAUAAACGUCACAUCCGGUC